AUGAAUAGAAGAAUGUAUGAUUGUGGAAUAUGUUAGAUGAGAUUUGAAGACAUAACAAGUUACUAGAAUCACAAAUAGAAUGUAAAUUUAGUUAAUAAUUCAAAUUAGUUUUGUAAUGGAACUAGUUUCAAUGGUAAUUUCAAUGAGUAGUCAACGACUAUGAAUUUAGGGAAAAGUAAAGUAAAUGUAAUUUUAGGGUAGUAAUAAGAAGCAAAUUAAUCAUCUACGAUGCUUUUAAAUAAUACAACAGAACAAUUGGAAUUGAAUGAGCAAGAAUAUAAAAUAUUGAGGAGUCGAAUACUUGAAAGAGAAAACAAUAGCAAUAUAAACAUGAGUUAAAUGAUGAAUAAUUCAUUGACAUAUGACAAAGAUCAAUUGAGUCAGUUAUAAGAAUCAAUGAAUGCGUCAGUAAGAGUUGCACUCUUUGGGCAGGACUAAGAGAGAGAAAUGAUAUUAAAGGAAUUAAAGGAUAGAACAUGGAAAGAAAGAGAGUACCUCAAAGAUCGAGAUACAAUAGACAGAGAAAUAAAGAAGGCUAGGGAUGCUUAGCGAGUACAAGAAUUGAAAUAGUUAGGUUCAGACAGAGAUAUCCUAUUUGAGAGAUAUAACAAUUUUAUCGCAUAGUGUAAUGAAAUCUUAAACAGUAAAAGUGGGUUAUACAAGAAGGAUAAUUUAGAUAGAGUGAUUUAGUUAAAUAAGAUAAAGGAGUCAAUAGAGUAGGAUCGUAUGAGAAUAAUGAGUAGUGUAUUCAGCGAUUUAAUGAAUUAAACGGGACAUAGAUCGAAUGAUGCUUCAAAGUAUGCAGCACAAUAGAUAUUAUCCGAUAAUUCAGUUCAAGGUGCAGGUGCCAGUGAUAUUGCAUAGCAUUGGUAAUUCCCUGAUGAUUAGAAAGUUGUUGAGUAUGACCCUUAACAAAUAAAAUAUGAUUAAGAUAUGAUUGAGAAGAAUCUACAAGCAGCAACUCGAUUAUCUUAGGAGAUUAAAAUGCAUAUGGUUGGAAUGGAUCCUGCAUUAAAACGAUAUGCAGAAUCAAAUGGUUAUGGGAGUUUGGAGAGUAUUUUUGCAGAGAAGAGUGAAGAUUACAGUUCAAUGACACCUGAACAAAAGAAAUUAAUAAAUCUAUUGGCUUAGGAGACUGAUGCAAAAAGAGCGUUGGAAAGAUUGCCUUAUGGAUUGGAUUAUUAGAUCAUGUAGAGUAAAGUGGAUAAAAUAACUUAAAUGAGAUUGGAAUUGGAAAGAACUGUCUAAGAACAAAAGUAUUAUAAGAUCAGGGAGAAUUAUGAGUAAACAGUGAAGGAUUCUGAUUAAGAAAGGAAAUAGAACAUCAGAGAUAGACUGUUGCAUCAAAUGGAAUCAUGGAGAGGAGAAAAGAAAUACAAUCCAACUGAGGGUUUGGUUAUUCAUUGGGAUUGGUGCUUAAAUGUACCAAAAAAAUAUGAUAGAUGCCGAUUGACAUGGGGUAUGUUCUUAAGAGGACAAACACUAAAUAAGCCUUAGAUUGUUGAGGAUCAUAUGUGUAUUAGUGAUGGAUUUAGAGUUAAUUAUUGUAUGUUCAAUGAACAUUAAUAUGUUUAUGAUGUGAUACCAAAUAAGGAUAUAAUUGUUGUAAUUGAGUUGCAAUGUUAUUAUCAAGAGGGUGGCAGAAAGAGAUUAGAUAUAUAUGGUUGGACAGUCUUGGAAGUUUUUGAUAUUAAUAUGAAUCUCAUUAGGGGAAGGUUUAAACUACCAUUUUAUCCAACUGGAACCAAUCCAAGUUAAUUAGUUUCAUCCGAUAAGCCUUUGAAGAGUGUUUCAAAUACUCUGUUAUUUUGCAGAAUAUCGUUCCCUUUUGAUAAUGAGUAUUCGAAAAUGGAACCAUUGAAUCCUAGCACUAUGACCCAAGAAUAUUAUAUUACUGGAAUUCACAGUAGAACAAUCAUCAAACACGAUUAUGAUCAUGUUCCAUAAACAAUUAGAAAGAGAGGGUAUAAUCCUUUAGCAUUUGAUGAGUUGUUCAAUCAAAAGAGAGAAAUCGAACCUGAAGAGGUUGAGGUUGUGGAAGUAAAGGAACCUGAAUGGUAAAUGAUGGAACUCGGAGAAAACAGAAGAGGACUUUACAUUAACAUUCAUGAAUUGCUUAAUUACUUUGUGAAAACUAAAUCAAAAGUUAGAUGUUUCUUAACUGAUGUGAAGAGAGGAGUGUUAAAGGAUGAAAAGGAUAUACCUUGUUCAUUUGAAACAGAUCCAUAUGAAAUGAAUGAGUAACAAUUAAAAUCAGACUAUUUCGGGGGACCUUUCGUAUUCAUCGAAGAAGAGUAUCAGUUCUUUGUUGAUCUUGUCACAUAUGCUCAUAAUAAUAGAGCAUGGGAUGAUUUAUAUUUAAUAUUCUAAGUUUUCGAUUAUCCUCCAGAAAAAGUAGAAUAGGAAGAUGAUAAGAAGGACAAUAAGUCUGUGGUGUCUGAGUAAUCAGUUACUGAUGUUAAGCCUGUUGGUAAAAGAUGGUAUGCAUUUAAGUUAUUUGAGAAUAACAUACUUAAAAUAGGCAGAUUUUCAGAAUUCAUUUAUGAACCACCUAUUAAGAAACCUCCCUUUGAUCCUUUCGAAUGCAGAAUCUCAAAUUCUUAAAUAGAUUUCAGUAUCAACUUAUUUGAUUACAAUAUGGGCAAUCUGAAUGAAUAAAUGGAAAAAUUUAAGCAAUUGAGAUAAUUGAAGAGAAAGUAAAGAGGACAUGGAAAACCUAAAAUAAAGCCUAAGAAGGAGAAGAAAGAAAAAUAAGUUGCUUAUGAUUGGUAGAAUUUGCCAUUGAGUGACAGACCAUUUAUUGAAAAUAUGAAAUAGUAGUAUUAAGAUAGACCAUUUGACAAAGGAUUUGGAAUAGAUUUUUAUAUAGAUUAAGCAAGAUUCUUACCAGAUAAUGUGACCGUGUGUAAGAUCAUUUUAACAUUCAUGAAUACUAAUUUAGAGAAGUUGUAUCCUCCCAAAUCUGUACUCCCUGACAUUGCAGCAACCACCUAUUCGCCUACAUUUAAUUACAAAAACGAAUUGAGAAGUCCCCACUUUGAUCCAACCACUAUAGCAUUCUUGACAAUCCUAACUAAAGACAAUACCUAAAAAGAAGUUAGAAUAGUUGGAUAUUGUGCUAUCAAUUUGUUUUUAUCCAAAGCCACCAAAAUGUAACCAACCAAUCCCUUGGAGAGAGAUGUCGUCUUAAUGAAUGGUCUAUAUCAAUUACCAAUCCAUUGCCAACAUCCAGCUAUGAUAAAACCCUUCAAUAUGAAUAGAGUCCAAAAACUUGAUAGAUUGCCUUGCUCAACUCUACUUGUGCGUAUUUUCCUAGCUCCCAUGUCAGAUGAUGGAUUCAAACCCUUGUCUAUUAAUGAUUUUAGUUAAAAAGAUUGGGAGGCCAAGAAAGUGUGGCAAAGAAUGCCUCCAUAUGGUACUGGUCUGUACAAUACUUAAUUUUGUCCAAUCAGGGAAACUGAAAAGCUGUUAUACAAUAUCAGAGUGCAAAGAAAAGACCCUAAACUAGUUGAAAUUAUGGAAAGGUUGUUGUCUAUGGAGAACAUCUAAUAGACUAUGACUGCUGCUCAAUUUUUGUCCUGGCUAGAUGGGGCAUUGGUAAGAGAUGCCUACACUGAUCUCAUCGAACUGACUUUCUUUGCCAAAUAUAAAGGAUAAGUGGGAUUCAAAGUAAGUUUGGAUGGAUUUCAUAAUGUGCCUGAUACUGAUCAUCCAUAUGUGGCUAUUUAUUCGAUUAAUCCACCUGGAAGAUUGUAUCUAUAACAGAAUUAAUAAUAACAAUAAAAUGAUAUCAAUUUAGCCAAUGAAAUUAUCACUUGUACUUCAUAUAAUUGGGAAUCAGCAUUGCAAUCGCCAUAAUUCAAUGAAGGGUAUUUCAAAUUUAAAGAUAUUCCAUUUGAUAAAAAUACUCAUUUGGUAUUUGAUAUUAGAAGAGUCAAAUUUUCAUAGAGGGGGACCAAGUCAAUUGUGGAAAAGGUCGGAUGGACAGUAUUACCCAUUUUCACAUAAAAUGGAUUUGUCAAAAGUGGAAUCUAUUAGGUGCCAGUGCUUGCUGGAGAAAUUACUUUCAAGAUAAUAGAAGAAUUCUAAAGAGGAGAAAUAUGGGAUUAAAUAGACGAAUUGACAAAAUUAAAAAAGUAGCCACUUAAAUAUUUGGACAAUAUGUCAAUCAUUGUAAGAUUAUUGGAUGGUCAUAGAGAAGGUCACUUCUAAACUCCAUUUGAUCAUUCAAGAAUGAUAUACUCUUAUAUACCUAAAAAUAGAAUGUCUUCUUAUGUAUACAAUGCAGGAGUAGAUGCUAAAUUGAAGACAGCUAAGAAAUUGAUAUCAAUUGCACCAAAUAAAUAAUAAUUAAAUGAAUUCAAUGAAAAGAUUUCCAAUGCUUUGUAUUAGUCUUUGGGUCUCAAACCUCAAGAUGCUGUGGCUGCCAAAUUAGUACAAAUUGAAAAUCCAAAUAAUUAGACAAAUUAAGAUGAUUAAUAAAUAUUAUGA